AUGGGCAUGAGAGACCCCCUCCUCGAGGCCAUGGCUGAAGUGAAGGUCAACGGUAAUCAACUGCGCAAACAAGCAGUCAAGGCUGAAGCUUCCGCCCGUUCACAAGAAGACAAAGCUAUCAAGGCCAUGAAGAAGGGCCAGUUCCAGAUUUCUCGCAUACACGCCAGCUCUGCCAUCCGCGAGAAACGUCGAUCCGUUACCCUCCUUUCAAAAUCCGCAGAGGCAGACGUUAUAUACAGUGACUUAUCGGCCGCCAAAAGCACCCGAGACUCCACACGCUCGCUCAUGAAGGCAUCCAAGGCACUUGACUCUGCGUCAAGAAGCAUAAAUCUCGAACGCACCCUUGCUGUUGCUAACCAGUUUGUCUCCCGGUCGGAAGACUUUAAACUUGCCGGUUCUGCUUUGGAGGGGGUGUCGAAGGAUGUCCAGAUGCAGGAAUACGGGGCCGAGGGCGAUGAAGAUGUUGAUCGCCUCAUGGAGCGGCUGGCAGAUAGCGCCGGCGUUGACCUGCGCCAGGGGCUAGAGGAGCAUGCUGCACCGCGCGAGGAACUCUCUGCGACUACCAGCAAGCAGAAAGAGGCAGAGUUCGAGGACGGGCUGGCGGGCAGACUGAGGGCGUUGAGGGGAUAA